AUGGAACCGCAACCGUACGAACCGUACGCCCAGCCUGCUGAUGGCCAGCAAGCGUACUACCAAGACCAGCACUACCAACAGCAGCAAUACGAUCAGCAACAGCAAUACGCAGCAGAGCAGCAGGGCGUGCCCCAACAACAGCCACCACCACCACCAUCGCAGGAGCAGCAGCAGCCAGCCGCCAGCGGAGAUGAUCUUGUGUACCGCGGGCCCGAGUUUGAUCCAACCCAAUUCUUUGGUGCCUUCUGGGUUCAUGACGACAAGAACCCGCAGAACCACGGCUUUGAGGAGCUCAAGAACUUCCUGGCAGCUGGAAACGACUAUUGUAAGGACAUUGCCGGCGUGUUCAAAGAGAGGGCGGCCAUUGAGGAUGCGUACGCCAAGAGCCUGCAGAAGCUCAAAGCCAAGGCGUCAAAGCUCGAAUACUUUCCUCAUGGGUCUCUGCGGGAUGCAUGGUCGCGCAUUCUGAAAGAGUUUGAGGAGCAGGCCAGCUGGCACAACCGCAUCUCGGACAUGUUCAAGAGCCGCAUCUGCGAGUCGCUGCUCGGCUUUGAGAAGACUCUUCGCAAGGACCACAAGGUCAAGCAGCAGCCGGUCGAGAAGGCCUACGCAAAGUACAUGGACGUCGUCAAUGCAACCGCCAAGAGCCAGAAGACGGCGUUUUCGAAGAGCAGAGACGUGGAGAGCGCCGAGUGCUCGCUGGAGGAGGCCAACCAGAACACAAGCGGGAAGUUUGGACCCAAGGACAUUGCCAGGGCUGAGAAAGCAGUGAAGAAGGCAACGGAAGUCAGUAAGAACGCAGACGAGGCGUACAAGAAGGCGCUGGUUGCCCUGCAGGAGGCGCGAGAGGACUGGGAAACGGCGAUGAUCCUCGGAUGCAAGGAGCUGCAAGAGUUGGAGUGCAAGCGCGUGAAUCAGCUGAAGCAGGUCUUCUACGAUAUUUCACACACGUACUCCUCGCUGCUCCCCGAGAUCACCAAAACGUGCGAAGAGUGCACGACGUGCUCCGAGAACAUUGACGCCAUGGAGGUUGUCAAGGCCGUCUCAACCAACAGGGGCACCGGUGCGUACGUGGCACAGCACGACCUUUACAGCGUGUAUGAGGAGAAUCUGAACCUUCCAAUCAACUCCACCCGGCGUGAGCUCAUCCUCAAGUCGAAGCUCAGCUACUGGAAAUCCAUGGUUGCAAAGCAGCAUGCAGACCGCGAGGGCCUCAUGCGCCUGUGGGACGCGUCAAAGGGCAUACAGGCUGAGCGACACUCCAACAUGAGCAAUGUCAUGGCUGUGAAGCGCAAGUUGGUUGCGUCCGACUUCCAGCUCGUGGCUGUUCACGCGACCGUGUUCAAGAUUCGUUCCGCCCUCUACAAUUGCAAAGGCCAAAAGGCGCCACAGCACAGCCUGCAGCCCUAUCUUCGUGCUGUUGAGGACAAGGGAUGCAUGCGGUACCGGCUUGUGCUGCCGCCCGAGUACAACAUCGAUCCCCAGGCGCUGCUGGAGGAGGAGAACCGGCUUUCCCAGAACGACAGUCAGUUUGGGAUUGCGCCCGGUAUUGAGGUCGUGUCGUCUGCUGCGCAGGCAUACGGCAACAUGCCGCCCACCUCCCCGCAACCAGACACGAACGAGGGCUAUGGCGUCAUCACCAACGGCCAAGGCUAUGCCCAGGCGCAGGACAGCGACGACGACUUUUCGGACGAUGAUGACGACUUUAGCGACACGGACGUGCCUGCACACGCGCCACCAGCACAACCUCAGUUCCAACAGCCGCCACCCCAGCAACAAGGUGCACCGGCCCCACCGCCGCCUCCUCCGCCGCCGUCUUCGCAACCCCAGCAGCAUGGGGCACCAGCGCCAGCACCGCCGCCGCCGCCACCGCCCAUGCCGAGCGGGCAGGAUGCGUACUAUGGAGACGUCGCGUCGCAGCCGCAGCCGCAGCAAGAGGAGAUGUAUGGUGAUGUGCCGACAUACCAGCAGCAACAACAGCCGCCAUCACAACAAGGAGCUGGACAAUGCCGCGUGCUGUAUGACUACGACGCCCAGGAAAGCGAUGAGCUGUCCAUUCGCGCUGGUGAUGUGAUCACCCUGACAGACACGUCCGAUGACGUGUGGUGGCAAGAGCUGGAUAUCCCGGAGGGGGAUCCCCCACAAUGGGCACGGUUAUUGUACUAG